AUGAGCCUGCAACGUAUUGUGGGCGCAGGAGCAUGCGAAGCUUGUCGCGGCCGCAUCACAAAGUGCUCGAUCGAACGUCCCCAGUGCUCAGAGUGCCGGAAGCGGCACACGCCAUGCAACUACACUCAGCCCUCGGUCCGGCCCGUCGCUGCCAGGCGCAGAUACCGUGGUCAGAUGCAGUUUCACCCCCAACAUGCACUCGAGCACAUCUUGGCCCACCUGCGCUCCCAGCCCCGUGGUGUCGCCCACGAUCUCCUUGGCCAACUUCGUCGCGGCACCGAUGUGAAUACCGUCCUGCGCUUCAUCGAGUAUGGCAGCCUCCGCCUGCAGCUCAUGCUGGUCCCAGACACGACGUACCAGUUCACCUCGCCAUAUCUUGCUGACAUGAUGCCGCUGUUUGACGAUACUGACAACCCCUACCUAACCUCCAGGCUGUACAAGGCUCUCUCGCAACAAACAGCCCACCACGGUACCGAAAUACGGGAGCAGACGUACCACGCCAUCUACCAUGUGCCGUAUCCCGGCGCCCGCAUGUACGAUCCGCGCCUAUCUCCAGAUCUGCUGAAACCGUCCAAGUGGACAUCGAUAAGCGACGACGACGUCUUCCUCACUAACCUUCUCGAGGUUUACUUCCUGUACGAGUUCCCAUUAUGGCCGUGUUUCCACAAGGAUCACUUCCUCGAUGAUAUGAUCGCCGGAAGGACUGAUUACUGUUCAACGCUUCUUGUCAAUGCCAUUCUCACGGCAGCUUGUCAUGGCUUGUCCACGCUUCCUCAAAGGUCUGAGUUCUGGAACCCCAACACCUAUAGCUACCGGUGUAUGGCCAAAACUAGACAGUCAUGGGAGCUAGAACAGUCACAGACUGCAUGUAGCAUUACAUCUGUCCAAGCAGCCACCAUCCUAGGCCGAGUAUACUUCGCCAACGGCAUGGACAAAAUGGGUUGGACCAUGUGGUCUCAUGCCCUAGCGCUUGCGGAUAGGCUAGACUUAUUUGAUAAGACCGCCAAAUACAAAAACGAAAAAGAACGCGUUUCCAGAACCAUCACAGCCUGGGGCAUCUUUUCACAGCAAGCGUUCUCUUGCUUCUACCUCAUGAAGUCACCAUUGGCGCGAAUUCCGCCCGAAGAUGGCUUACCCGAUUAUCGAGACGCACACCACUUCUUUGGCGAAAUUUGGGUGAAAUACCCUCUUGCGACAAACCUGACCCCCAUUUAUCUUGGCCAGACUUUCCUGGCGCUCAUCAAGCUUAGAUACAUCAUGAAUGACAUAGCUGGAAAGGCUCUCCCAGAGGACAACGCACAGAACAGUCUUGAUCUUCAGCAAGCCGGCCGCUAUCAUGCUAUGCUGAUUCAAUGGUUCCGUGAUCUGCCGAGGCCGCUGCAGCCACAGAAUGCAGCCAUGCCAACACAGCUUCUCCUACAUAUGCAGUUCCAUAACCUUGUUACCAUGACUUUUCAGCCGUUCCUGGAACACGAGACGUCUUUCAACAUGCCCAACAAUAGGGGGGCUUUCCAGGAGUAUGCUGGCUUUAGUCCGAACCGAUUGUAUACCGCCUCCAAAGCGAGCCUCCAGACGCUUCUUCACAUGUUCUACCACCGUCACGGCUUCGACGCAUACUACAUAUUCCUGCUCCAAGUCCUCGUUCAGCUAGGCUUUGACUCAAUAGAGCGUCUGCGCUCCCCGGAAGCGCAACAAAAGCAUUUCCCGACCAUAAUGAAAGCUACAAGAGCCACCCUGAUACUGUGCGCCAAGGGCUUGCGUGACCAAGGCCGUAACUUCUUCCUAUCCGAACUUGUAUUUCGCAUUCUGCGCGACAAGAUGAAUCCUGUGGAUGUCAAGCUGCUCAAGGACUGGGCGCAAAUCAAGAACGAAGAUAGGAGGGAGCAAUCGAUGACGGAACAUAUGCAUGGCGAGUACCCUGUAAACGUAGAGUCCAUUACCUCAGAUCCGAGCGAACGACGUCUGAAUCGGCUAUUGCAGUCCAUGGGUAACCUCAAGCUUCCCAACGAUACUGCUGAACAAACUCAGCAAGAGAGGGCAUCUAGGACGUGGCGAAGCAUUGUGUUUUGA